UUGAUUGUCUUGUGGAAUGCCGUUCAAUCUCGCCAAGCAGCCAUUCACUUUCAGCCCUCCAACAUGACAGCAGGACCAAAGUCAAAUGGCACCAAUGGUGUUGGCCCAGCACCCUUGAACUCGAAGCUACUCCAGACGACCCUCGUCGCUUCGGCUGAUGAAGCUCCAGUCCCAGCGGGUGAUGACCCGGUUCGACGAUCCCAGAAGUGCACCACUAGCCACAUGCUGGUUGUGAACUGGACAAAAGAUGCUGGAUGGGCAGCACCCACCAUCAAGCCGUAUGGGAACUUUUCCAUGGCCCCGACGAGUAGUGUUCUGCAUUACGGGACCGAGUGCUUUGAAGGGCUGAAGCUGUAUCGUGGAUCUGAUAUGAAGCUCCGCUUAUUCAGGCCUGAUCUUAAUUGCGCCCGGCUUCGGCUAUCCUCCCUACGCGGUGGUCUUCCCGACUUUGAUCCCGAUGAACUUCUCAAGCUCAUCGAGGCCUUUGUCCGCGUUGACGGAGAACGAUGGCUUCCUGAACCGGGAACGUUCCUCUACCUUCGCCCUGCAAUCAUUGGAACCAGUGCUGCUCUAGGGGUAAGCCGCCCCGCUGAGGCCACUUUGUUUCUCGUCGCAGUUCUAUUCCCACAAUUUGGGCAGGCUGGGCCUGGUCUCAAGCUACUUUGCUCUUCGGGACAGGUCAGAGCCUGGCCUGGUGGAUUCGGAAACGCCAAGCUUGGUGCCAACUACGCCCCAUCUCUAGUCGCACAGGAAGAGGCCAGCGCACAAGGAUUCAUCCAGGUUUUAUGGCUAUUCGGGCCCGACGAUAAUGUCACCGAGGCCGGUGCAAGUAACUUCUUUGUUAUUAUUCGCAACAAGGAAACGGGGCUGCCGGAGCUCAUCACGGCACCGCUGGGUGAUAUUAUCCUUGAUGGCGUAACCCGUCGAAGCGUUCUUGAGCUUACUAGGGAGAGACAUGAGAAGCCUUCAAAAGACAUCCAGUCUUUGGUCGCAGUAGAGCGACCCUUGACAAUGGCAGAGAUGGUACAGGCUUCCAACGAGGGCAGACUGUUGGAAGCGUUCGUGACUGGUACUGCUUUCUUUGUGGCUCCAGUUGGUAUGAUUAGAUACAAGGACACCGACAUUAAUAUCGGCCACAAGACUGAAGAUGGUGAUCUUGUGGCGCCUUACACGUUGAUGUUGAGGAACUGGCUUAAAGAUAUCAUGUACGGGAAUGAGCCACAUGCCUGGGGCCGAGUGCAAGGCAAGUCUGUGUGA